CGAUUUCUGCACCUCAACAAAGCAAAGGCUGUCGCAUCACUCCUUCUCUCGCUUCACCUGUUCCGGUCGCGGUCCCGGCACCUCUUUUCGUUCAAAUACACGGCCAACUGUCUUUUAAGGAUCUUGACUGAUUCUCGAUCGGCACCAUGUCUGACUACGGCGAUCACGGCGAUGAGGAUAACUACGACUACGAGCCCGCGGAGCAGGAGUACGAUGACAACGAGCCUGAGGACUUCAUCAACCCCGACGAUCUGGAUGGCGCUGAGGGAGCCGAAGAUUAUGGCGACUCGUAUGAGCCAGCCGUGAACGGCGACCGUGUGGUUGUCUCAGGCGACCCGAAUGCCGGUUACUCAGGCAAGGUGAUGGAGCAGGCGCGCGAGAAGAAGGUGCCCAACGAUCAGCGCACGACGACCCCAUAUAUGACCAAGUACGAGCGGGCGCGUGUCUUGGGUACCCGGGCUCUGCAGAUCAGUAUGAACGCUCCGGUGCUUGUUGACCUCGAGGGUGAAACGGAUCCUUUGCAGAUCGCCAUCAAGGAACUCAACCAGAAGAAGAUUCCUCUCAUCGUACGGAGAUAUCUUCCGGAUGGCUGGUAUGAGGACUGGACAUGCGAGGAGCUGUUGUAAAAAUGGUGGAGACGGUACGGAAGGUUGUACAUUGAUAAAUGGUUUUCUGUUUUUUCUUGCUUCAUAAUGGUCACGGUCUAAGUAUUUAUCUCUUGGGCAGCAUAGCGUUUGGAGUUUCGGGGUAGGGAAGCAAGCCAGAAAGGCUUGAGCAAUCCCUAGGUCACUAGGACGAGCGCAGAGAAAAAAAGACUCACAAGGAUAAUGCACUGCAGUAUAUAACGG